AUGGAAGAGAUCCAAAUCGAAGACGCUGAUCAUAUGGGCAAAUAUCUACUGACCAUUUCACGAAAUUGUUUUUCUUCUUUUUCCUUUUCUCCAUUGUUCCCUUUUUUACCUUUUUCGUCUUUUCCCUUUUCUUUUUUUCUUAAAAAUCUUACCGCUUUUUAUUUUUUCAUUUUAUCCCUUUCUUUUAUCUUUUCCAUUUUUUGCCAUUUAGCCUUUUUUCUUUUUUUGCAUUUUUUUUUUGUCUUUCUGCUUUUUUUUCCAUCUUUAUGCAUUUUUCUACUUACCGAUUUUUAUGCCUUUUUACAUUUCUGCUUUUUUCUCUGUUGUUUUUUUUUCUUUUAUUGUCUUCUUCCUUUUUCUGUGUUUUAUUUUGCUAUUUUCUGCAUUUUUGUCUUUUUCUGUUUUUUUUUCCAUUUUCUUCAUUAUUUCUUUUCUGCUUACCACUUUAAGUGUUUUUUUCUUUUCUGCUUUUUUAUCUUUGUCGUCAUUUUUUUGGUUUUUUAUUUUUUCCAUUUUCUGCUUAACGCUUUUUAUGACGUUUUCCUUUUUCUGUUUUUUUAUGUAUUUUUCGUUUUUCUGCUUUUUUGUCUUAUUCAUUCUUCUGCUUUGUCAUUUCCUUUCUGCUUUUUUUCGUCUUUUUUCUUUUUUUUUUUUUUUUUCCUUUUUGAUAUUUUUUCAUCUUUAUGCUUCUUUUUCCUUUUUGAGAUUUUUUUCUUUUCCCCAUUUUUUGACUUUUUCCUUUUUCUCCAUUCCUCCUUUUGCCAUUUCUCUUCCUUUUCUACUGUUUUCAUUUCCGACUAUUUCUCCAUUUUUCUUUUAUUUACUUUACUCAUUUUUUUUUACUUUUCUCUCUUUUUCCCUUUUUUUCUUUUUUGCUUUUCUCCAUUUUUUUCUUUUCUGUAUCUUUUUCUUUUAUUUUCCUUUCUCACGUUUUCUUUUCUUUUUUUACUUUAUCUGUGCUUUUCCUUAUUGUUUUUUUUUUUUUUUUUGCAUUUUCUGUUUUUUUUUUCUUUUCUUCGUCUUCUGCUUUUUCCAAUCUUUCUUCAUUUUUUACUUUUUGUGCUUUUUCUAUUUUUCUAUAACUUUUUCCCUUCUCCUUUUCACUUUUUUUUCCUUUUCUCCUUUUUUCGCUUUUUUCAUUUCAUUUUUUUCCUUUUCCCUUUUCUGAUUUCCGUUCUUUUUUCUUCUCCUUUUUUAGUGCCUUUUUACUUUUCUUAUUUUUCCUUUUUGCUUUUUCGUUUUUUUCCUAUGUCCCUUUUGACUUUUUCCCUUUUCUGUUUUUUCCUUUCUAUUUCCUUUUCUACUUUUUUCUUUUGUUUUACAUUUAUGAUUUUUUCAGCUUUUUUUUUCAGUUUUGUGCUUUUUCCAUCUUUUUUCCUUUUCUGUUGUUUUACCUUUUCUGUUUUUUUCCUUUUCUCUUUGUUACAUUUUCAUUUUUUGUUUUACUUUUCGGUUUUUUGCACCUUUAUAUUUUCUGUUUUUUUCUUGCUCCUUUUUUCUUCUGAUUUUUCAUUUUUUUUCCAUUUCUGCUUUUUUACUUUUUAUUCCCUUUCUGCUUUUUUCCUUUUCUGUUACUGUUUUUUUUUUUUUUCUUUUCCAUUUUUUUCUUCAUCAGAUCGGGACUUUCAUAUCCUUUGUAAAACCUCUCUCUCUCUCUCUCUCUCUCUCUCUCUCUCUCUCUCUCUCUCUCUCUCUCUGGCCUGGCAGCAACACAAACUUCUUUAUAUACAGUUUGUUCCUCUUUUCUUACGAGCCGACUGA